UUGUAACCGUACCCUUAAACAGGGGAAAAGAAGAGAGGAGAAAAACGAAUAGUUCUUCCGUUCGUCUUCCACCGGACGAUCGUAACCUCCCUCGUCGCUCGACUGCGUCGCCGCGAAAGCCGGCCGCCCUUCCCUUGCCGCGAUCCGAGGCGCCUUCGUCUGUUCCGAGAGAUCUGGGAAGUAAGCGCUUGCUUCCUCUAGCAUUUAACCGCGACGAGGCCUACUUCGCGAGAUAAGGUCGCUGCGAUUUCGUCCCCUCCGCGUCACUCAGAAGGCCGAGAUCCCUCCCCCCUGGGUUUUGGGAUCUGUAGAAGAGCCCCUUUACGCGAUUUCCAGCUCGCCGUGUUAUUCAUCUCGGUGGCUUCCCUUGACCGCGCUAGCCGUGGGCCACGCCUCCUCUCGCGAUGACCGGCAGAGCAAGCUGAGUAUAUAUUGUAGCCUUUGAAAAGCGGCUGCAGCGUGUCGAAUCCCCUUUAUCCUCUUCGUUUGUGAUCAAUAUCUUGGGCAGCCGCGGUAGGAGGAGGAUAUUGACUUUAAGAUAGGUUUCGGUGCCAACAAUCCUCCAGCUCGAGGUGGGGAUCAAGAAUUUGCUAGCUUGGGGAGAAGUCAGCAGUGGCAACAUGUUCCCUAAGGAUUGGACUCCACCUUGUGGCAACUUCUGCACCAAGAAAUACUCUAAUUUUGUUCAGAUUCCAUGGAGAAUCUUUUGCAAGAAGGGGUGUGAUUCUGAUGGAGAGACCUGGGAAGAAUGUAAGGAUGAAUGCAAUGAGAUAUGCUAUAAGGACCCUGUUUUGAAGGACCAUGAAUGGAGCUAUUAUAUUGACAGAUCUCCAGGGCAUGAUAAUUACUCUAUGGAAUGCUUCCGUGCCUGCAUUUCUGGCUGUGGUUUCAAGUUUAAUGUUCUACAAGAGAUGGUCAACCAAAUUCAACCGAACAGGCCACCAAAGCCGCAAACUGAAGUUAAACCUAAACCUAUCCCGCAACAUUCUGAACCUACUACAGCCUCGGACGAGCUGCCUUGUUCGUCUGCGUGAGCAAACACUGACCGCCUAUUGUUUCAGAAGAAGUCGUAUACUUUAGGCAUCCUCCCCUAACACACACUCCAGCCUUUUGUUUUUUUUUUUUAAUGGUGCAAUGCAUUGUGCAACUCAAUUUUCUCAUACAAGCAUACAGAUAGAAGAUGCUCUUUCACUUCACUGUUAACCUUUCGCAAAUCGCAGAACACAGACACAAACUGAUUGGUCUGAUUGUGGUCAUUCUUGGAAACUGUCCUUGUUAUA